CCCGUUUAUAUUCCUUCUCUUGUCAGUGAAAUUUUCUAGGUCAUAUUGGUCCAGCGACUACCACUGUCUCUUGGAUUACUCUGGAAAAAGGAAAGUGACUCGUAACAAUGCCGUGUUGACUGACGAGUGGUUACCACGUGACUACGCACAUAAAUAUUACGUAAUUGAUGUUUACUUAGCUCAGUCAGCGGGUGGUUAUCAAGCAUGCAUCCACGAUGCAACAUACAGCGUCACCGUGCGUAAAAGAAUUUUAAGGAGUGGUUGCGUUCCACCACUCAGCUCAGUCGCUGUGGAUACACGGUAGACAGAAGUACACAAAUCUGUGGACAAAGUUCUGCAAUCUACCAUGGCCCAUACAAACGCUUCGUUCAAUGUAGCAGACGGAGAGAAGGGAGUCAAGCUGACUCAAGAUGGCCCACCACCUUCUUAUGGCGGCCAGGCACCAAAUGAAGCCCCACCUUCCUACCAGUCAAUUAUGGAGAAGAUCAAAGAGGCCCAGGCUAAUUCAGAAACACCUGCGCACUUCGUCGGCAAGUCCACCAACAUCGUGCGCCAAACAGCUUGUACAUCGCUUUGCAUGGGAUUGUCCUACCUCGUACCGGUGUCGAUGGUCGUCAUGGGCUCAGUGUUCUUUGAUGCUUGUCCAGUGGAACCAAUGAUCCCGAUCUACCUGAUCGUAUUUGGUGCUGUCUACCAAGCCAAGCUAUCAAUAGAUCUGAAUGUCAGAGGCUGUCGUCACCGUUGCCAGGAGAACGGUGAAGAAGCCGAUGACAACAAAUGCGUAAAGUUUCUGAACUGGCUCAGCAGACUCUUUGGAAUAUUCCUCUUUGGAUUUUUCAUCGCAGGCAAUGUGUGGAUCUUCCGCAACUGGACGCCCAGUAAUGACCCUUCUAGUGCCAGCUAUUGCUACGGUCCACUCUACUAUUACGCAUUCUGGGUCACCAUUUCCUCCUACAUCGUCGUGGGACUGCUGAUGUGUUGUAUGUGCACAUGUUUUAUCUGUGCAUGUUGUGUUUGUUGCAAAGCCGCAGCCUCUAGCCAGAGCGGCACUAAAUAGUGGAUAUUGGCCAUGGAUCGGCGGCCCUGAAGAGUGACAAAAAUCAUACAUCUUACUUUUUGUGGAGUAUUGACAAUGCUGUUAUAUAUCAAGACAAAACUGCAAGAACGUUAACAAGCUGGUUGAAACUGUUCACUGUACAUCCUAUUAGCAAAUCUGCGGUACUCGAUCAGGAAGGGAUCAUUGUGAUAAAUUGGGUUGAAAAUGUUCUACAUUCUUGAACGAAAUGUCUUGGGAUGCAAGAGAAAACACUCAUAUUUGAAAAGGUUUUGCGUGGGAAAGUGUCUCGGGGUACCCAGUGCGUACAUGUGUAAUGCCUUUGGUAGCCUGUCUAGUCUAUAAAUAUCAACUCCUAUGUCAAUGUCAUUAGUGCUGCACGUAUAUAAACCACUACAUUGUAUCUCCCUAUGUGUUCCUUCAGUGCUUAUAAUGAACGUGAAAAACGUGUUUGCAAGUAGCAUUUUCACAUAUUUUAACCAUGCAGAAUAAUUCUUUUUGACCCGAGUAGGCUAUUCUUGCUUUAGGCUUAUGACUUUUGUAUAAAGUAUAUCAUGAUUGCAAUCCGUCUUGAGAUAAGACUUCUGUCAUUUUUUAUCCGUUUGGUUUUUCCCCAGUCGUGUAAUAACUAAGUAUAUACCUAUGCGUUCUCGUUGAUAGAUUAGUGGUUUGUAUGCAACAAGGUUGCUUUCAUUUAUCAGAUUUGUUUCCUUCCCAUUAAUAAGAACUAAGUUAUCCUUGGAUACUUUAUCUCCAGGUAGACUAUAGUGGAUUGCAUGCAAUAAUCUUUUUGGGUUAAUAAUGGAAGUUUAGUGUUUAGCCUGUAAACUUGCGUUGUUUGUGUGAUUUGAUUAUACAAUAUUUUGUGUGGCUGACUUCACAAAUUAAAAAUGACAUGUGAAAUUACAAUCUAACUUUAUUACUUCUACUCCAUUAAAAUAUACUAAUACAAUUUGAAUACAUGUAUUCAAAUUAUAUAUGUAUAAAGUGCUCUGACUUCUGAUUUUUAUGAAAGUGUUAAC